AUGGGAUCCUCUCUGCUCGCACCGCAGUGACUCGACAGAAACGUCUCCAGACUCGGGUGCCAGCACGCUCCCUCAGUAGCCGAGAGCGUGGGAGUGGGAGGCGCCGAGCAGUCGCCGCCGGCGGAGACCACCGGCGUCGGAGAUGAAGGAGAGAAGCGGCUCGAGGGCGGCGGUGGAUGAGCGCUACGCGCAGUGGAAGUCGCUCAUCCCGGUGCUCUACGACUGGUUCGCCAACCACAACCUCGUCUGGCCAUCCCUCUCCUGCCGGUGGGGCCCGCAAUUUGAGAAAGCUACCUACAAGAAUCGUCAGCGCCUUUACCUAUCUGAGCAGACGGAUGGGAGUGUGCCUAAUACUCUGGUUAUUGCGAAUUGUGAAGUUGUCAAACCAAGGGUUGCAGCUGCUGAACAUAUCUCACAGUUCAAUGAGGAAGCACGGUCACCUUUUGUGAAGAAGUAUAAGACUAUAGUUCAUCCUGGUGAGGUUAACAGAAUCAGGGAGCUUCCACAGAACAGUAAGAUCAUAGCCACACACACCGACAGUCCAGAUGUACUUAUUUGGGAUGUUGAAGCCCAACCAAAUAGACAUGCCGUCCUAGGAGCAACUGAAUCUCGCCCUGAUCUGAUAUUAACAGGACAUCAGGAAAAUGCUGAAUUCGCGCUUGCCAUGUGUCCAGCGGAACCAUAUGUACUGUCAGGAGGAAAGGACAAAUCUGUUGUCUUGUGGAGCAUCCAAGAUCACAUAUCUGCCCUUGGAGAUUCCUCGUCUUCUCCUGGAGCAUCUGGCAGCAAACAAUCUGGCAAAACCACGAAUGAAAAGGAGAGUCCUAAAGUUGAUCCUCGGGGUAUCUUCCAUGGACAUGACAGCACUGUUGAGGAUGUUCAGUUCUGCCCUUCCAGUGCACAGGAAUUCUGCAGUGUGGGUGAUGAUGCUUGUCUUAUUCUCUGGGAUGCCCGGACUGGUACUAGCCCGGCUGUUAAGGUUGAGAAAGCUCACAGUGGGGAUGUUCAUUGUGUUGAUUGGAAUCCGCUUGAUGUUAACUAUAUCUUAACUGGUUCUGCUGAUAACUCUGUCCGUAUGUGGGAUCGUCGCAAUCUGGGUUCUGGAGGAGCUGGUUCUCCGAUUCACAAAUUUGAGGGUCAUAAAGCUGCUGUUCUUUGUGUCCAGUGGUCACCUGACAGGGCAUCUGUUUUCGGAAGUUCUGCCGAAGAUGGUUUCUUAAAUGUGUGGGAUCAUGAGAAGGUUGGGAAGAAGAAAAACUCUAACGUACCAGCUGGGCUUUUCUUUCAACAUGCUGGUCACAGGGAUAAGAUUGUAGACUUCCACUGGAAUUCAUCGGAUCCUUGGACGAUCGUCAGUGUGUCAGAUGAUGGUGAGAGCACUGGUGGAGGUGGAACACUACAGAUAUGGCGCAUGAGUGACUUGAUCUACCGCCCAGAGGAGGAAGUUCUCACAGAGUUGGAGAAUUUCAAGUCUCACUUGGCCAGCUGCACUCCGAGGAACUGAGUCAUGUGAUUAUCUGUGGAAUCCAAUCCGUUGAAAGCUCCGUGUAGGUGUUCUAGUUUCCUAGCCAGUAACUGUGGCUCCAGUUGACAUUGGUAUUGUACUGUGAUGCUCUAGACCUGUGACUUCUGAGCUUGUGUUAAGCUUGUUGUGUGAUUAAACUGAGUAUGUCCGCAGACAAGCAGAGCUGGAUAUCUCCGUAGUCUGUAGGCUGACUAUUCGGAUAUUGCUGGAUAUUUUUGACAAUUAUUCUGGAUUGUGCUAUUGGACCUAGUGAGAUUGUGGAGUA